GGGGGAUUGGGGGAUUUUCGGGAGGAAGUGGCAUGCAAAUGAGGACUCGCGUUUCCGGAGUUGAGCUCAGGCUCGCUUGGCGGUGCGGUGCAGCUUGGAGAAUAGAGGCUUCUCGCGAAAGAGCCACACGUUCCUGCCCAAGAUCUUUUUCCGCAAAAUGUCAUCCUCAGGGGCCAAGGACAAGCCUGAGCUGCAGUUUCCCUUCCUGCAGGAUGAGGAGACGGUGUCCGCACUGCAUGAGUGCAAGACACUCUUCAUCCUGCGCGGCCUGCCAGGGAGUGGCAAGUCCACGCUGGCACAGGUCAUCCUGGACAGGUACCGUGACGGCACCAAGGUGGUGUCUGCCGACAGUUACAAGAUCACCCCUGGUGCUCGAGGAGCCUUUUCCGAGGAGUACAAGCGGCUGGAUGAGGACCUGGCUGCCUACUGCCGCCGGGACACCCGAGUCCUUGUGCUGGAUGACACCAACCAUGAGCGGGAGCGGCUGGAGCAGCUCUUUGAAAUGGCCGACCAGUACCAGUACCAGGUGGUGCUGGUGGAGCCCAAGACGUCGUGGCGGCUGGACUGUACCCUGCUCAAGGAGAAGAACCAGUGGCAGCUGUCAGCUGAUGAGCUGAAGAAGCUGAAACCUGGGCUGGAGAAGGACUUCCUGCCACUCUACUUCGGCUGGUUCCUGACCAAGAAGAGUUCUGAGAGCCUCCGCAAAGCUGGCCAGGCCUUCCUGGAGGAGCUGGGGAACCACAAGGCCUUCAAGAAGGAGCUGCGACAGUACCCUUCCUGCAGCAGGCCCUCCGCAGGCUCUCAUCCACCACGCAAGCCUGCGAGGACUGAAUAUUAUGUCGUCCCUGGGGAUGAGCCCAGGGAGAAGAUUGAACUGCUCACCUACUUUGGGAAGAGACCCCCAGGUGUGCUACACUGUACAACCAAGUUCUGCGACUACGGGAAAGCCGCCGGGGCAGAGGAGUACGCCCAGCAGGAUGCAGUAAAGAAAGCUUACGGCAAGGCCUUCAUGCUGACCAUCUCUGCCCUCUUUGUGACACCGAAGACGACUGGAGCCCGGGUGGAGCUGAGUGAGCAGGAGCUGCUGUUGUGGCCAAAUGACGUGGACAAGCUGUCACCCUCUGACAGCCUGCCCCGGGGGAGCCGUGCUCACAUCACCCUGGGCUGUGCGGCUGACGUGGAGGCCGUGCAGACAGGCAUUGACCUCCUAGAGAUUGUGCGGCAGGAGAAGGGGGGCAACCGAGGUGAGGAGGUGGGUGAGCUAAACCGGGGCAAGCUCUACUCCUUGGGCAGUGGGCGCUGGAUGCUGAACCUGGCCAAGAAGAUGGAGGUCAGGGCCAUCUUCACAGGGUACUACGGGAAGGGCAAACCUGUGCCCAUACAAGGCAGCCGAAAGGGGGGUGCCUUUCAGUCUUGCACCAUCAUCUGAGUGGUCUCACCACAGAGGGCCCCUGACUCUACAAGGGAAGGGGGAGGAGAGGGAAACAUGCCCUCUGCUUGAUCUUUAAGAUUUUUUUUUUUACUCAAAGUUAACUUUCCUAUAACUUUUUAAAAACUUAUAAAAUAACUGCUCCUCUUUUCUUGCUGCCUCAUCCCCUCUAACACUCAAGCUCUCAACACAAGGCGGGUGGGCAGACACCAUUCAGGAACCUGGAUCAAAGCUGAUCAGGCUGGGCCUAGUUGGGCCUGGUCCAGCCGCAGCCACAAUCUGGAACCCUGCUUCAGGCUGGUUCUCUCAGCCCCUGGCCCAGGUCCACUGCCCUGCCCAGAGCUGGCUAGUGGGGAGCGAUACUUGAGAGCUGCAUGUACCCACAGAGUGGUCACCAUGGCCAGGGGAAACUAGUGGUGGAUUUGCGAGGGGAAGAUCCCUGGGCUUUGAUCCCAUUUCUUAAUCAGUGUAGCCUUAGGAAGGCUGGGGCUGUUUACCAGGGUAGAAAAAGGGGUUUACCCACUUUUGGUCCUAAGCGCCUGUCCCCUCCUCCUUCACACUAUAACUAGGUAACAGUUUGAUAACUAGGGAAGAAAACAGAAUAAGCAGCAGCCACAUCCCAGCCUGGCUACUGGUCUCACCCCAGGAAGGGGAUGGGCUGGCCAUCCUUUCCAGUGGUAUGGCUCUGCUGUGUGGAUGGGGAGAUCGAGGAAGACAGUACCUUGUGGGGAAGCUCCAGUCUUGCUGUCUUCCCAGCCCAUCUUGCCUCCCCGGUGCCUCUGGAGGCCUCUGUGCCUCCUCUAAAGGGGGCUGGUGGGUACCAAGAGCCGAUGGAGUGGACUCCUGGCUGGUAAGGGCCAAAUCCCACAUGGGGCCUCUGGGAAGGGGUUUUUAACACUGCUACAUGUGCUUUGGUUCCUGGGGUACCCUCCACUGUUCUUUGCUCAGUAACAGGGCCUUGCUAAUCAGGUUGUCACUCCACAAAAGUGCUUGGGAUUUAAGUUCCCAUCCUGGCUUUGCCCAACCUCAGCAACUUGUAAGACUGAUAAUGAAAUAAAUCAUGUUAAUCCUA